AGUGCGUACUGGCGUGGGCACUGGGCAAGUGGGCAGUCAGCACGCCCCUGUUCUCACUUCACAGGUCACAGUGGCGCGUGUGGAAAGCGCAGGUCACUCGGCGCGGGGAAACACAGGAAAAGGCUGCUGCAAUUGGCGCUGCCACCGAGGCCUCUCUCUUUCUCGGUUUCUCUCUCUCUCACGUGGUAUCUCCUCGGCCCUCUCGCCUGUCCUCGCACACCAGCGGUCCAGGAGUCCAGCCCUCCGCCCGCCCCCCUCCCCUCCACCUCCCCUCCCAGGCUCCCACCCCAAAUUCCCCCCUCCCACCCGUCGGUUCUGUAGCCCUCUACAUUUCUGGGUUUUGGGUCGUCUCCACGGGCUGGGUUUGGGGUCGGUCGGCGGCGGCGGCGGAGCUAGGAGUGGAGGCCUGAGAUAUACUCCAAGCGGGAGUCUGGGCGCUCUCUGCGGUCGGAGAGGCGCGGGUGAGAUCUACGAGGGCCGCUGCGUCGUUCUCGCAGGGCCGGCGGAAGACAUGGGUUUCCUCUCGGCGAAGCUGCUGCCGUCGUGCGAGAGCGUGUGCGUGUGCUGCCCCGCGCUGCGCCCGAGCUCGCGCCGCCCCGUCAAGCGCUACAAGAAGCUGCUCGCCGAGAUAUUCCCCAAGACGCCCGAUGGUGCUCCGAAUGAGAGGAAAAUAGUGAAGUUGUGCGAGUAUGCUGCGAAGAACCCAUUGCGCAUACCAAAGAUUGCCAAGUUUCUAGAGCAGAGGAGUCACAAGGAGCUGCGCUCUGCCCAUGUGAACUUCGUCAGAAUCAUCACUGAAGCUUACAGCAAGCUACUCUUCAUUUGUAAGGAGCAGAUGGCAUAUUUUGCCAUCAGCCUAGUGAAUGUCCUUACCGAGCUUCUAGAAAGCAAGCAGGAGAAUGUUCACAUCCUUGGCUGUCAAACUUUAGCAAACUUUAUUAACAGUCAGCAGGUAGACAACACAUAUGCACGCAAUAUUGAAAGCUUGGUGCACAAAGUAUGUGCACUUUCACGUCGACAAGGAGAGGAUCACAGGCUUCUUAGGGCCGCAAGCUUGCAGUGUCUGUCAGCAAUGAUCUGGUUCAUGAAGGAGCAUUCAUACAUAUUUGCUGAUUUUGAUGAGAUAGUGCAUUCAGUGCUGGAAAAUUAUAGGACAGAGGAAUCUAAUGGUGGUGGUGAUGACAGACAUGCAUUGCAGCAUAAUUGGGUUGAUGAAAUAGCAAGGUCUGAGGGUAGACCUGGUGUAGGUGGUGGUAAUGAUGUGAAUAUUAACACUACAACUAUUAGGUUGCGGCCAGCAAGAAAUUCGUCAGCUCUUACAAGGGAUGAACGUGACUCCCCAGAAGUAUGGUCACAUAUUUGUGUCCAAAAGCUUGCAGAACUGGCCAGAGAGAGUACAACCAUGCGUCGCAUUCUAGAUCCGAUGCUUUCAUACUUUGAUAUGAAGAAACAGUGGGCCCCACGACAUGGCUUGGCUUUGCUUGUUUUGUCUGAUAUGGCUUAUCUGGAAAAGAGUUCAGGCAAUGAACAGCUGAUUCUAACCACCAUCAUCCGGCACUUGGAUCACAAAAAUGUUUUACACGAUCCUCAGACAAAAUCAGAUAUUAUUCAGACAGCAACGUCCUUGGCACGACAACUUCGAUCUCGAGGAUUUGCUGUUGAACUUGUAGUGGCAGGUGACUUGUGCAAGCACUUAAGGAAAACACUUGAGGCCGUGGAAUCAGGCAAUGUUGAAGAUCAGAAUUUGAACGAACCCCUUCAGAUUGUCUUGGAGGACUGUCUUAUGGAAGUUGUUAGAGGAAUUAAUGACGUACGGCCACUCUAUGAUAUGAUGGCAAUCACAUUGGAGAAUUUGCCUUCUAUGCCAACUGUUGCCAGAGCAACCCUUGGAAGCUUGCUGAUCAUUUCACACAUAAUCUCGUUGACAUCAGUAUCUUCCAACAAUCUGAUGGUAUUUCCAGAAGCACUUCUCCAGCAGAUACUGAAGUCCAUGUUACAUACUGAUAUUGAUACUCGUGUGGGAGCACACCACAUGUUUUCUGCUAUUAUUGUCCGAGGGCCAAGCCAUCUGCGGAGUGAAUCAGAGUACCUAUAUGAAACAAAAAAGCAGUCUCGGAAUACAUCUGUAUUUGCUUCAGCUACUGCUCUACUGGAGAAGUUAAGGAGAGAAAAGGAGAGUUUGAGUUCAGAUAAGCCUCGAAAUAUCAUGCAUGAUGAUGUGAAGGAAAUGAACAUGCAUGAAGAGGAUAAACGAAAAAACCCAGCUUAUUUCUCUAAGCUGGUUUCCUCUUUCAUUGAAAGAUGUGCAACACGAAGUUCUGUAGAGGAGACCAAUAUUGCCAUGCUAACUGAAGAUCAAACCAACCAAUUGCUGUCUUCAUUCUGGAUUCAGGCAAAUCAAACAGAUAAUACCCCUUUUAAUUAUGAGGCUAUUGGACAUUCAUACAGCCUAACAGUUCUUUCUUCCCGCCUUAAGAAUUCAAGCAAUGGCAAUAUCAUUCAGUUUUUCCAAUUGCCAUUAUCUCUUCGAAGUGUUGCUUUAACCCCGAGUGAAGUUCUGCCGGCUUAUUGCCAACGGUCUAUUUUUACAUUAGCAAUGAGUAUGCUGGCCUUUGCUGGAAAAGUUUGUCACGUCGCUGAACUGUCGGACUUGCUAAGGUGUUUUUCAUCUUCCAAAAUUGACCCUUACCUAAGAAUAGGUGAAGACUUGCAACUCUAUGUAAGGUUGCAAUCGGAUCUAGGCAGCUAUGGUUCUGAAAGUGAUCAAGAGAUUGCCAAAUCCAUGCUUUCUGACUGCAGGACAAAAGUAGGGAUUAACGAUCAUCGAGUGCUUGAUGUUAUUGCCUCUGCACUUUCUAAUUUCAUUGAGAUGGGCAAGGAUGUAAUAGUGAAGGAGCUGACUGAGUUGUUCACGCCUGAAGAGAUGCCUCUGUUUGGGUCGAAUUCAGCACUUGACUGGGCCAACUUCAAUGCACAAGCAUUUUCUGAUGAAUCCCUUUCUUUUGAUGAGGAAUGUUCAAGAACCUCUUCAGUAGAUUGUGGCUUGCACGAGUCACCAAUCACCAACACUGCUAGCUCUAUCUCAAAGAUUACUCUACCACAGUCUGUUCCACAUGUUUUAGGUGUCGGUCAAUUGUUGGAAUCAGCACUACAUGUGGCUGGCCAGGUUGCAGGUGCAUCUGUUUCAACCUCACCUCUUCCAUAUGGUACAAUGACUAGUCAAUGUGAAGCCCUUGGAUUGGGCACCAGGAAGAAGCUAUCGAGCUGGCUUGUCAAUGGACACGAAUCAACCCCGGACAAUCCUAUGCCAAGCCUUCCCACUGCCCAUCAUUCCAUCAUUCCCAAGGUAAACCCUGCCACGUUCCGCACAUCAUCUGAAUCAUGUUCUGCAGUAAAGCUCCCACCUGCCAGCCCCUUCGAUAACUUCCUGAAGGCUGCCUAUCGCACCCAGCCCGAGCUGUGAUCGAUUUACCUAAGAACAACCCUCUUCACGAGUGCUAGGCUGCAGUACCAAAGCAUAGGGUACUAGAUUAUCUAAAGGAACUUAUCUAUGACGUUGUUUUAGUUGUAGUAGCGUAACUAUGUGUAUCUAUCUACUAGAUGUCUGUAACGUUUGCAUAUGUAUCAUCUUACGACUGUGCCUCUGUAGUUGUAAGCCGCGAGUUCUGUGUCGCAUGUUCAGACUGAGUUGUAUGAGAAUACUGAGUAUGCUUGGCACUCCUGUAUACAGUAUGCUUGCCAAAACGUUUCUUCCGAGGUCAUCCUUUUA